UGUGCAUGGACCAGAAACGUCAAAUUUGUGCAGCAAGUGAAAAGUGCAGUAGUAAAUAGGCUAGAGAAAUCGAAAAUCCUUGCUGAAGAUUGUAUUUACAUUUGCCCUGUGGCUUUAAAAAGCUUAAAUGUACAACAAGCUCUUUCUAUGUUUGCUGCUUAUUGCAUCGCUGCAGAUAAUUACAUCUGAUGGCCAGUCAUACGAGGACAAGCGAUGUAAAUGUAUCUGUCCAAGUAUCAAAUCAGUGAACAACAACACGGAGGAUGACUCCGAUCGGAUGCUGAUCAUCGAUAAUGUGCCACCAAACAAGUGUAACUGUGACGGGGUCAUAUUGCCCCGGAUUGCGGACAAAAUCAAGGGAAAGGAACAGGUGUUUUGUCCGCGGUGUGACUGCAAGUAUGAGAACAGAAAUACAACUAUUAUCAAGGUUGUUGUAAUUAUUGUGAUCUGGAUCAUCUCCCUGCUUGUGAUCUACAUGCUGUUCCUAAUGUGUCUCGACCCGCUGUUGAACAAACGCGUGAAGGCGAACUACCAGGAGCACACCAAUGAAGAUGAUGAUACAUCAGUUGCAGUGGGUAACCAUAGCCAGGACAUGCAGGUACGGGAUGGCAACGUGUUGAACCGCGUCGGACAUUCCCAGGACAAGUGGAAGAGGCAGGUGCGUGAGCAGCGCCGCAAUAUCUACGAUCGUCACACGAUGCUGAAUUAAGUAAGGACCCGUGGUGCGAUGUGAGUGUUUGUAUACAUAUUCGAACGUUGUUUUUUUUAUUGAACGUUGUCUAGAAAAAAUACCCCCUUUGAUGCAAUACCAAAUUCCGUUUCCAGUAAGAUAA